CUCCCUCCACCACCAUGCAGCCAUGACAGAGAUCUGGUCUACAAAGACGCCAUCUUUUUCUCGGUCCACAAGUUUGUCGGAGGACCAGAGACCCCGGGAGUCCUGGUGGCAAAGAAACACCUCUUUCGCAACAUUUCCUCUGCUCCAAGCGUUCCUGCCGGAGGAACAGUGUCAUUUGUGACCCCGACUACUCAGCACUACUGGAAGAAGAUCGAGUUACGCGAGGAAGGGGGGACUCCUCAGAUAAUUGGUUCAAUUAGAGCUGGGCUCGCAAUUCACCUGAAAGAAGCUGUUGGAGCUGAAACGAUAGAAGAGAUCGAAUCCGCAUACAGUUGCAAGAUAGUGAAGGAAUGGAGAGGAAUGCAAGAGCUGUACCUGGCCGGUCCCCAGACCGUUCCAAAACUGCCGACAUUCUCGUUUGUGGUACGGCACGUGGACAGCGGCCGGUUCCUCCACCACAACUUUGUGAGCUCCGUUCUGAACGACGUGUUUGGGAUCCAAUCUCGAGGAGGAUGUAUGUGCGCAGGACCUUACGCUCAGAUUGUGCUGGGUAUAGAUGAGCCUCUGGCCCAGAAAUACAUCAUGGAGGGUUCUCAUUUCCCCGAGGAGAUGAGAGAGGCCCUGAAACCUGGAGUCACUCGCAUCUCCUUCCCUUACUUCAUGAGUGAAGAGGUCGUGGAGUUUGUCAUUGAGGCCGUCCGGAUGGUAGCCAGAGAAGGCUGGAAACUCCUACCUCAGUAUGACUUCCUUCCAGAGACGGGGACAUUUCGUCACUGUCGCCAGUCUCAACUGCCCAGUCCUCCGAGGAUCAGAGACAUCACCUACGCCAGCGGUGGAGACAUGGUCUCUCCCACCACACCCCUGUCCAGUCACCCCUGCACCAUUUCUCUACAGCAGGGAGUAUUGGAAGAGGCUAAACUACUGUUUGAGAGAGCGGCGGAGGAGAGCGUUCCUCGCUCCAGCCAGCUGGCCCGGGACUAUUCAGCUCUGAUGCUCCUCGGGAAAGAGAUGGAGGAGAUGAGGUGGUUCAUGGUUCCAUAUGAAGCCCACCUGUACCUCACCGGUUCCUGUCCCCCUGUGAUACGAGUCCCGUUUGAACCGAGGGACUACACGCACGGUGACUGGUACAGCAGUCAGUACUUGAAUGAGUGGAACAAACACUGGAACCCUCACUACUGGGAAGAGACAAAGAGGGAGAGAGAAUUGGGGGAAGACCCUGUUAUUAUCCACCAGUGGCAGUGGACUAUUUACCCAGCCAAUCGAAGCCCCACCCACAAGAUCCAGUUACAGCCAAUCAGAGACAAGGGGCCAGGAGGAAUGCGGGAAAAGAAGGCGUUUGCGUCGAUGGAGUGUCUGUAUAGCGAGAGAGAGGCGGAGAGUGGAGAG